GCGGUCACCGACCUCUCCUCCCUCCAGCACAGCCCCAGCCCGAGGGCACUCCCGUCAUUUGCGCCCCCACACAGUGUGAGCGAGCGUGCCCUCUGCCACUGCCAUCACAGUGGCCACGCCCCACUGUUUUAAAUCCCCCUGCCGCUCUCCUCCGCCCCCUCCCCUCCCCUCAACCCCGCUCCGAUUCACCGGCGAGCUCUCCCACCCCGCGGACCGGCAGGGCGGAGUCCGGCGGGCAUGGCGUACAUGUGCGCCGACAGCGGCAACCUCAUGGCCAUCGCGCAGCAGGUGAUCCAGCAGCAGCAGCAGCAGCACAGCCAGCAGCAGCAGCAGCGGCACCACCACCACCACCACCAACUGCCGCCGCCCGUGCCGAUGCCGAUGCCGGCGCCCCCGCACGCGCAGAUCCCGCCGUUCGGCGCCGCGGCGUGGCCCCAGGGCGAACACUUUUUCCCGGACGUGUUUGGCUCCUCCGCCGCCGACGCCGACGCCGUCUUCUCCGACCUCCCCGCCGCCGCCGACUUCGACUCCGACGGCUGGAUGGAGAGCCUCAUCGGGGACGCCCCCGUGUUCCAGGACUCCGACCUCGACCGCCUCAUCUUCAACGCCCCGCCGCCGCCCGUCCCGCCCCCGGCCGACGCGGAGGCCGAUGCCGUCGCACGGGCAGAGGGUGCGCCGGCCUCGCUACCCACGGUUGCUGCCGCCGCGGCGCAGGCGGCGUGCUCUUCCCCGGGCGCAGCCGACGCGUCCUGCUCCGCCCCCAUCGUCCAGUCCCUCCUCGCCUGCUCCCGCGCCGCGGCGGCCGGCUCGGGCCUCGCCGCCGCGGAGCUCGCCAAGGUCCGCGCCGCCGCCACCGAGUCCGGGGACCCCGCCGAGCGCGUGGCCUUCUACUUCUCCGACGCGCUCGCUCGCCGCCUCGCCUGCCGCGGCGCGGCGCGGGCGCCCCUCGACACGGCAUCUUCCGACGCGCGGCUCGCCUCCGACGAGGUCACGCUCUGCUACAAGACGCUCAACGACGCCUGCCCCUACUCCAAGUUCGCGCACCUCACCGCCAACCAGGCCAUCCUGGAGGCCACGGGCGCGGCGACCAAGAUCCACAUCGUUGACUUCGGCAUCGUGCACGGCAUCCAGUGGGCGGCGCUGCUCCAGGCGCUGGCCACGCGGCCCGAGGGGAAGCCAUCCCGGAUUCGCAUCUCCGGCGUCCCCUCGCCGUACUUGGGGCCGCAGCCCGCGGCGUCCCUGGCCGCGACCAGCGCGCGUCUCCGCGACUUCGCGCAGCUUCUCGGGGUGGACUUCGAGUUCGUCCCGUUGCUCCGGCCGGUGCACGAGCUCGACCUGUCCGACUUCUCGGUCGAGCCAGACGAGGUCGUGGCCGUCAACUUCAUGCUCCAGCUCUACCACCUCCUGGGCGACUCCGACGAGCCGGUGCGGCGGGUCCUCCGGCUCGCCAAAUCGCUCGGCCCGGCGGUGGUGACCCUCGGGGAGUACGAGGUGAGCCUGAACCGAGCCGGGUUCGUCGACCGGUUCGCCAGCGCGCUGAGCUACUACCGGUGCGUGUUCGAGUCGCUGGACGUGGCUAUGGCGCGGGACUCAGAGGACAGACUGACGCUGGAGCGGUGCAUGUUCGGGGAGCGCAUCCGCAGGGCCGUCGGGCCGCCGGAAGGUGCCGACCGGAAGGACAGGAUGGCCGGCAGCGGCGAGUGGCAGGCGCUCAUGGAGUGGUGCGGCUUCGAGCCCGUCCGGCUCAGCAACUACGCCGAGAGCCAGGCCGAGCUCCUGCUGUGGGACUACGAUUCCAAGUACAAGUAUUCGCUCGUGGAGCUGCCGCCGGCUUUCCUGUCGCUCGCAUGGGAUAAGCGGCCUCUCCUCACCGUCUCCGCUUGGCGGUGAGCCUCACCCUUCUUCUUGUUCGACUCGACGGAGCAAAGCUCUUAAUGGUUAGCAGCUUAUCGUUCUGAAGCUUUUGUAAUUUGUAGUACUGCUAGUUUCGUCCCUCCCUUGGAAGCUCUGUUUAUUUAGGAUGAUUAUUAUGGUCAUGGCUAGGAUGGUGUAAUAGCUAGGAUCGAUGGGGAUAUUUAGUUGAACUAGCUUCUCAGAUGAUGCCUGUUUUGCAGCAUGUUAUUAUAGCUGGGGUUAAGUAGACCAAAUCUAGUGCUAAUUGUAUAUGAAUUUAGAGCAUGCUAUGUAUGCCUUUAGGGGGAGAUUUACCAUCGCUCAUGCGUAUGAUUUUUGGAUUAUGGUACUCUAAUUGAUGUUAUUAUGGAUGCACCACAUGGAAUUGAAACAUGCCACUUCUAUGUGUUGGUGGUAA